AUGUUGAAUGCUGGCUUUCGUCGCUCAAGCUUUCAAGAAUACCCACAACUGCUCGGCAAGGGCCUGGGUCAGCGGGACAGCUUCGUGCUGGACGUGGUCGGCUCGCGUGGGGAGGUGCCGUCAGAUCACGAUGAUACAGACCACCUACCCGAAGCAGAAACCGCCGACUUGGUCGCAAAGCUUGGACAACAAGAACUUGACCUUCAUACAGACGACGCCGACACGGCCACCGCCACCAAGGUGCUCGCGCCCUCGCGCCGCUCGAGUGAGGAAGCCAUCCACGUGCCAGCUCCUGCGCCACAGGCCGACCCCAUCGAGACAGAUCAAGUACCCACACACCAGCCCGCCCCGCAGGAGCCCGUCCCAACGCUGACCGUUUCACCGAUCCCGGAGGAGCCGGCUCCCCUUCGUCAUCCGCUUCAAAACUUGCUUCAUUGCCCCGUGCACGAAGUCGAGGGUCAACCUACAUAUGGUGCGGUUCGCCAGACGACCUAUCAAACUUCAAAUCAUGGGGCUGCCGUCAUUAGCACGGCUUGCAUUUGA